GCCUUACUCUUCUUUCUGGAAAUAUAUUUCUGAUGAUUUAGAAGGCAGUGACCUUUGAGGAUGUGGCCGUGAACUUCACCAUGGAGGAGUGGGCUUUGUUGGAUCCAUCCCAGAAGAAGCUCCACAGAGAUGUGAUGUGGGAAAACUUUACAAAUGUGACUGUUAUAGGAAGAAACGGGGAUGACCAGCAAAUUGAAGAUGAGUUCAAAAAUUACAGGAAUAAUCUAAGAAGUUCAGAGGUAGAUAAAUGCUGUAAAUUCAACACUGAUCUCAAAUCGUAUGAGCUUCAUGGGUUUGAACAGAUCCUUUCUAAUUGUAACAGACUUGGGGAAGCCUUCACUCACUCUCAGUCCUUAAAGAAACAUGCAAAGACAAAUAUUGAAGAAAAACACUAUGGAUAUAACCAAUGUGGAAAAUCCUACUCUGAUUGCACUGAAGGAAGUAAUGCUGAAGAGAAAUCCACUGUAUAUAAGCAAGAUGUGAAAAACUUCAGUAAACCUAACUAUGUUAAAAUCCAUGAAAGAAAUCACCGUAGGGUGAAUACCUAUCUAGGUAUACAAAGUGGAAAAAGCUUGAAUUCUCACCAUGAUAUUCAGAAUCAUGAAGGAAUUCACACUGAGACAAAAUCUUAUGCAUAUAAACACUGUUCAAAAUCCUUAAAUAAUAAUACUUUAUUUGGUAAUCAGAAAAGAACUCUCACUGGGGGAAAACCCUACCUAUGUAAACAAUCUGGAACAGCUUUCAGCACACAGAGUCAUUGUGAAAGACAUAAACAAAUUCACAGUGGGGAUAAAUCCUAUGUAUGCAGUCAGUGUGGGAAAGCUUUCAGGAAACAGAGUCAUUAUCAAAGACAUGAACGAACUCACACUGGGGAGAAACCCUAUGUAUGUAAGCAAUGUGGGAAAGCUUUCAGCACACAGAGUUAUUGUCAAAUGCAUGAAAGAACCCACACUGGAGAGAACCCUUAUGUAUGUAAACAAUGUGGGAAAGCUUUUACGACAUACAGUUAUUGUCAAAUACAUGAAAGGAUCCACACUGGGGAGAAACCUUACAUGUGGAAGCACUGUGGGAAAGCUUUCAGGAGACAGAGUCAUUAUCAAAGCCAUGAAAGGACCCACACUGGAGAGAAACCCUAUGUAUGUAAGCACUGUGGCAAAGCUUUCAGUGGGCACAGUCAGUGUAAGAUACAUGAAAGGACUCACACAGGGGAGAAACCCUAUAUGUGUAACCAAUGUGGGAAAGCUUUUCGCCACCACACUUCAUGUAAGAUACAUGAAAGAACUCACACAGGGGAGAAGCCCUAUAUAUGUAAGCAAUGUGGGAAAGCUUUCACCACAAACAGUUCUUGUCAAAUACAUGAAAGGAACCACACAGGGGAGAAGCCCUAUGUAUGUAAGCACUGUGGGAAAGCUUUCAACACACACAGUGAAUGUAAAAAACAUGAAAGAACACACACUGGGGAAAAGCCAUAUGUAUGUAAACAAUGUGGGAAAGCUUUCCGCACAAACAGUUAUUGUCAAAGCCAUGAACGAACUCACACUGGGGAGACACCCUAUGUAUGUAAUCACUGUGGGAAAGCUUUCAUUGGGCAGAGUCAAUGUAAAAUACAUGAAAGGACUCACACUGGGGAGAAACCCUAUGUAUGUAAACAAUGUGGCAAAGCUUUCAGCACACAUAGUUAUUGUCAAAGUCAUGAACAAACUCACACUGGGGAGACACCUCAUGUAUGUAAGCAAUGUGGGAAAGCUUUCAUCUCAAACAGGAAUUGUCAAAUACAUGAAAGGAUUCACACUGGGGAAAAACCCUUUGUAUGUAAGCAUUGUGGGAAAGCCUUCACCAAACACAGUUCUUGUCUAAUACAUGAAAAGAACCACACUGGGGAGAAACCCUUUGUAUGUAACCAAUGUGGGAAAGCUUUCAGCACACACAUUUAUCUUAAAAAACAUGAAAGAACCCACAGCAGGGAGAAACCUUAUGUAUGUAAGUAUUGUGGGAAAGCUUUCAGGACACACAGUAACUGUCAAAUACAUCAAAGGACCCACACUGGGGAAAAACCAUAUGUAUGUAAGCAGUGUGGGAAAGCAUUUAGCACACACAGUUAUUGUGUAAUACAUGAACAAACUCACACUACAGAGAAACCCUAUAUAUGUAAGCAGUGUGGGAAAGCUUUCAAGACACAGGGUUAUUGUAAAAUACAUGAAAAAACUCACACUGGGAAGAAACCCUAUGUAUGUAAACAAUGUGGAAAAGCUUUUACCACAAACAGUAACUGUCAAAUACAUGAAAGGACCCAUACUGGGGAGAAACCCUAUGUAUGUAAGCAGUGUGGGAGAGGUUUCACCACGCAUGGUUCUUGUCAAAUACAUGAAAGAACCCACACAGGGGAGAAACCGUAUGUAUGUAAACAGUGUGGGAGAGCUUUCACCACGCAUGGUUCUUGUCAAAUACAUGAAAGAACCCAUACUGGGGAGAAACCCUAUGUAUGUAAUCAAUGUGGGAAAGCUUUCAGCACACAAAGUUCUUGUGUAAUGCAUGAAAGGACCCACACUGGGGAGAAACCCUAUGUAUGUAAUCAAUGUGGGAAAGCUUUUGGAACACAUAGUGGAUGUAAAAAACAUGAAAGGACUCACACUGGGGAAAAACCAUAUGUAUGCAAGCAAUGUGGGAAAGGUUUCACCACACACAAGUAUUGUCAAAGUCAUGAGCAAGGUCACACAGGAGAGAAACCCUAUGAAUGUAAGCAGUGUGGGAAAGCUUUCAACACACACAGGAGUUGUCAAGGGCAUGAAAGUAAUCACUCAGUGUAGGAACCCUGUGGAAAAGGGUUUUUCCCCUUUAAGCAAUACGGAAAAGCCUUUCAGUUACUGUAAUCAUAAGACACUAAAAAAUUUAAGAGAGGAAACUAGCUUUGACUGUAUAAAGUGACUUGCACUGACAAAAGGACAGUUCAGAGAAUCCCCUUUUUUGUAUGCAGUAUAAGAAAAAUUUUCAGUAUACCUGUAUUCUUACAUACCUGAAACAUACAUAGAAUAGAGAAUCUGGACAUAUGUGAACAGUGUAGAAAAUGUUCUCUUUUGCUUAGUGCAUAUAAGUUCAUUAAAAAUUCAUGGAAGCCAUAUCUAUGCAAUAAAUGUGGAAAACCCUUCUAGUUUUCCAUUUACCUUAAAAAUCUUGAAAGAGCUGCCACUGAGGAGAAAGCGUGUAAUGUAGGAAUGCUCUUCAUGAUUCUCAUAACAUCAGAAAACAUGCAUAAACUCAAAAUGAGAUUUAGUUUACCAAAUGUGAGAUGUGAGGAAGCUAAGUAUCAGAAUGAAAGAGACAAGUGUAUUAGGGAUGAGAUACACUUUCAAAGCACACAAGCAGAGACAGUCUUCCCCUAGUAUAUCUGGAUUAAUGAACUGGUGAGGUUGAAAAGCACACGAUAAUGUUAAAUUCAGAAUAACAAAGCAGCUUGCGUCCAAGUCUUCAGUACACGGCCUUUAAGGGACAUUUUUACAUGCAAACCAUUGUCUUAGUCAUAUGGGUAAAGUUUAUUCAUAACAGCGAAAUUUUAUUGAGUUUUAAGAAGUCCCUCAUUUGUGACAAUGUAGAUUAAACAAGCCAUUGUGUGACAUGUCAUGCAUAGGCAAAUUAAAGCUUGAUCAUCUUUGCUGUUAGUGUCUAAAAUUUACAAUUUUAAAAGAAGCAGGAUGUGUAGUGAUGGUUGCCACAUGUGGGAGUGGUGAAGUUGAAAAUGUUAGUGAAAAAUCCCAGUAUCUUCCUUUAAAACACAAGAUGCCGUGGAUCCCAUAAUGACUACAGACCGAAGCAGUACCCCGUAGCAUUACAAUUGGCUCAAAGUUGAUUGUGUUAGGUGAUACAAAUUCUACCAAAGAAGAAAGUAAUUUCACAAUAUAAACAGGAUC